AUGAUCAACAGCGACGUAUCUGGAGAUGGCUACCUCACAUUUGAGCCCCGGCUUGUGCUUUGUGCCUUGACCCCAGCAGAAGCCACUUGCUGUACUACGGAACUCAUCCCGGCUCUCGAGCUACAGCUUAACGGCGCAAUUACAACGGAAGUAUUGGUAUCCGUUGACGUUGGACGAUUCUCCAAUACCUUACGGUACGUUCCUGGGUCUCGCAAACUGACAUCUCGCAUUGUCCUGAAUGUCGGCCAAAUAUCAGAAAUCGUUCGACUUUCAUUGCACAAGGACAAGGGGCUGCACCAAGAUCGAAACAGAGCACGCUUAAUUCCCCCACAACGAAGUACCUGCUUAGAAAGGAUGACCUCAGGCACUAAGGGACCGAACCCAGACGAAAGGUAUCUUGAUUUACAGACUUCCAAGUGUACUCCAUACGUGCUUGACAUCUCAGAUAAAGCCCAUCUCGCCUUUGCAACAUUUCCAAGGUCGGGGCUUCCAGAAGUCUUCAGUACCUUAAUGAACUUCGACGCUUUCGCCAUCGGACUGCAAAGCAGUAUGACCCCUAUCAGGCACCUUAGAGGCUUUUCUCUCCUCACUAUUGACGCAUCUCAUGCCUUGGGACAGCUUGUGUCUGGAUGUUCUGACUCUGCUACUACUGCAUUCACAUUCCGACCUUCUAGGUCCGCUAAAACAACGCGGUUCACCUUUCCCCAGCUCCGGCUUUGUGCACCGGCUUCAGAUGAGCUGCAUUCACAUGGCGACUUCCCUACGUGCGUGCGUGCUACCUUUCUACCUUACACUACUUGCCCCCCUCCGUGCCCCUCCAACCUCAACCUAAACUACGCCGCAUCUUGGGCUGCAAGAUCAUCAUCGCCCAGCGUCAACGAUUCGUCUACCGGCUUUUCUCCACAUCAGCCUCCUGAACAUCUCUCCUUUCAUCGACUGGACUACAUUCCAGGUACAGGGACGAGCAAAACCUCCCAUGAUGUUGGCGACUACAUCCCUGGCGCAGCCCCUGAACGACAAUCGAGCUUGUCCUUGACGCCGUCUUGGAUCGACUUCCAGACCAUCAAAAUGUCAGUCGCAACUCAAGUGGGAACCGCCGUUGACACGCCACGCCACGCCUACCUAUUCUUAACUUCGUUCCAAGUCCCCUUCGAGAAAGGCCGACUUCAGAUGAGAGCUGGAGCCCCAAUCAUGCCCUUCCACCACCGAGAGCUUCCUGGGAUCGACACAUUCUCAACCUCAUCAGCGUCGAGGCGGCACAACUACACUGGGAUUGCCCCCAGAGUUGCUCCGGUUUCAUACCCACCCUCCGUGCUCGAGACCUGCCUUAACGCUACUGUAAAUCGCGCCGCCCAGGCGGUCCAGCUGAGACCUCUGGAUUCCGCCAGAUGCCAGCUACUUGAUGCCAGCAAACGGUAUAGAUUAGACGGAACAGAGUUAAACAAGACAGUCGCUCCCGGCGCCAAUCACAUCAUCCUUACAAGCCGGAUUGUCGAACUUCAGAGCCACCACAAUCUGCCCAAGAUUGAACAACAUUUGUCGACCAGAAGAGCCAACUACGAAGAUGCUGUCGUAGGGUUCUCGCAAGCUCUGACAGGAUUGUCCGGGUGGACGACAAGCCCCAUGCUUGCUCACCUGUCACCGUCGCAUUACAACCUUGCUCUGGCUCACCCAAGAUGCCAACCAUUACAGAUACAGGCUGAACCAUGGCGGUACUCUUCUACGGAGUACUUCUCGACUGUAGCAUACCGACAACUCAUCAGGUCAACAAUCUUCCGACACUACGAGUGGUUUUUACUUGGCGUGUUCGCACGUACCUCGAAGCUUUCCUCGCAAAUCUCAUCUCGUUGCGUAGUGUACGGCAACAUUGCACACAUCCCCCGCGCGCCCCAGUCUCUGUCUUUCCCCGACCGCCCUGCUCCUUGUCGAUGCUUGGGUAAAUACAUGACUGGCUAUGCAAUCUGCGUGCCGUCGGCGAGAAAUGCUCAUCAAUCAAGGAUGCCACGGCCUGUGUGGUCACAUAUGGAUCGAGCGAUGUACGUCUACUGCGUAUAUGCAAGCCCGUUCUUCUCCACGAACCCCCGCCGGAUGAUCUCCAUCGCCUCCCCCCUUCCUGACACCUCGCAAAGGGACAAUCACCAAACCCUUGUCAUGCUUAUCCCGCAACCAAGCAUCCGCGUAGCCGAUGAAGGAUUUCGAGCUGUAUUAGCCUGUUGGCGCAUUCUUCCGAGAGACUACUACGGCACGCGAGGAACCAAGCGUGGUGUGUUGAUAUGUGUAACACGGACCGAUAUGCUUAGAUUUCGGAACAAGAUACCACGGAGUGCGCACACGGCUGCUUCAUGGUCGCCAAAAGGGGUCGGCGUGUGCCACCUGUCAAACACGAGGAUGAAGCAGGUUGUUUGGCUCGGAGGAGACGGAGAAUCUUUACACGUCCCGUUGGCUUACACAGUAGACAGUGGGAGGAGACGAAUAGGAAGCACAAAGAGCCUUGCAGCACUCACUUAUGUUUACGCAGUACGAUCCCGCCUGAUAAUUGACUUUGGAAGACGGGACGAUCUCAGCUCCGGAGACCAAAUGUGGUCCCCGACGGACAACAUGUUCAGGGCCGCAUCCCGUCAGACGCUGAGCAGCGACAUUGACCACGUCCGUACUGGAGGAGAAAACGACGCCGUCCACGUUGUUCGGUCAUACGCACCUAGACGGGGCGAAUUGCCAUUGGUUUUCCUCGGCUCGCCCUACCACGUGCACCUGCCGCCCGGUGAUCCGGCCGCCCGACGGAAGAAUCCACUCUUCACCCUUAUUACUGGCGAAUUAUCAUCACGGCUCCCUGUCGGCACCCCUGGGAAACAGACUUUUGCUGCACGCCCCCCUUUCCUUCAUUACUGUGUAUUGUGGCAUGUACCGCCGUAUAUCCCACCCCUCCCGGGGAUAUUCUCCACUCUCUCUUCAUCCAAUUCCCUGUCAUUCCCAUUUUUCUCCCGCGCAAGCCCCCCCGUCACUCAAUCCCAGCGGACCCACCUCCGUCCGCACGUCCAAAGAUACGACUGGCUCUUCACAUCAACGCCACAACCACGGCCCUACGCCUCGAUCUGCACUACUAACGAUGAGAGACAAGGCUCCGAAUCCCUCCUUGCAGCUCGGGCUGGCUUCGGAGGGAGGCGGAGACGAAGCAAGGCGACUGGGCCUUCAAGUCUCGGAUUCUCAAAAGAUGGACGCCAGGCCACCAGCUUUGACUCUACAGCCUUGUCCACAGCCGCAGCCCUUCGUCAGGACCAGGAGGGCUUGUUGCUAAUUUUUGAACAGAACGCCUUUCUUUCUUCCCUUUCCAUCCGCCAUCUUGCCUUUCUCCUUUGGGAAAUGAGCGUCUCACGCGCUUCGAGAGGUGCAGGCAUACGGAUACAGAUAGACGACGCUCAGACGCGUUCUCUCCCGUAUCCGUACAUCCUUCUUCAUCUGUCUCUGCCCUCAUACCGCGGAGACGCCGUUAGAUGUACCCGAUGUACUAGGCUCGGAACGCAGGGCCUUGGGGCCGCGCCAGCCUAUGGAAGGCCUCAUCUCAUCAUUACGAGCUGGGUCCGAGGGAGGCGGCGCAACGUUUUCCCCCUCAUGGACCAUACCGGUAUUGAUAUAGCAUCCAUCGAAUCCUGCCCGCGUAACGGUCGUCCCUCAUCGGCCCGUCUGCAACUUCAUCUCGAGACCCGUCGACCCGUCUUCGCAGGGAUUCUGUUUGUCAAAGGGACGAGCUCGAUGUCUUCGGAGAGAGCGAGAUCACUUGCGGGAAAGCCAAUGACCAGACAAGACGAUUCGAUCCGACCCCUUAAUGCUCGCUCCGUUUUGACGUGCUCGUCCACGUCAUUCCAAACAAAGCAGAUUCCGAGAGAUGCCCGUUGCGGGCCUCUCUCUCCUCCCUCAUCUGACCUCGUCGUUGCUCUAUCGACGGUGGAGGCAUCGCAUCCGAGUCGUGGUUCCUACCCCUCCACCACCAUCAACCUGUACAUCUCAUCUUUCAAGUACGGUACAUCCAACUUCAUCGAUGAAAAGAAUAUUGGCUCCCGGGACGCAAACUUCUGGGACGCGACACACUUCUCUGAGACUAAAGGGAGAAAGAAGCCUGUCUUUUGCGUGAGGGGGCUUGUGAUAGGCAAUGCUAUAGAUAUUCGACUCUCAUUAUUCCCUACUUCCUAUCGAAACCUCGUUUACCUCCUAGAUGUGAGAUGCGUUCAGCCCAAGGCGAGAGGGAUGCGAGCUUCGUUCGGUGCUCCUUCGGGAUGGGCCACGUCUGCGUUUGUCGACACCAUGCUUGCCGGUAUCGAAGCCGUCUAG